AUGCCUUCGAUUCGUGACACCCUGGUCCAAACAGCCAAUAGCUACAUAGCAGGCUUCAAUACCAACACUGCCGAAGGAGUCAUAGCCUGCCGCACAGCAGACUGCAAACAAGUCAUUCAUCCGUCCAGCGUCCCUCCGCCAUGGGCCAGCCCACCUCGAAGCAACGAGGAAUACCAAGAGUUCACUGUGCCUGGAUUCAAGAUGCUGCGGAACGUUAAGAUCAGCCUCGCUAAAGGAGAGGACAUGCUUGUCGAUGAGGUGUCGCGCAAAGUCCUGCUGCAUCUCACGUCUACCGGCGAGACAGACUUUGGCCCCUACGCCAACGAGUACAUGAUAGUUCUCAAGAUGACGGACGAUGGAACGCAGAUCAAGGAGGUUAUGGAGUUUAUAGACAGUGCUACCACGCGAGACAUCGCCGCGAGCCUCGCGCAGCAUGUCAAACCAGAGUGA